UGUAAGUCAGAGGUCAUGAGAACGGUACAGCUGGGUGAUACUAGGCCGUAUCGACAUAGUGACGAUAGUCAAAUCGUGCAACUCUCUCGACUCAACGUGAAGAUGCUGACAGGAGUUAUCUUUGUUUGCCUUCUGGCUUUAACGUCAACCAAUGGUGAAAACAGAGCAUCUUCGGAACCUGCUGAGGUGGCCUUCUCUGCAGGUCUUACGAAUAUGUUAUCGCUGAGUCACACCGAACGAGUUAUAUACGAUCGACUUUUUACGAACAUCGGGGGUGGUUACAAAUCUAACACGGGAACAUUUGUGUGUCCCACCGCCGGGAUCUACGUGUUCCAGUUCCAUUCGGUCGCUCACCAGGAUAAGGCGGCCUGGCUGCAGCUCUACAAGAACUUUGAGUAUGUAGCUUCCACCUACGGACACACUUCUAAAGACUACGCCUCUACAGGAAACUCGGUUAUCUUACACCUGUCUAAGGGUGACGAGGUUUAUGUCCAAGCUGUUGACCCUGCCUACGGUUACGCCACGAGUCUGUACGGAGCCAAUAACGAAGUCUACUGCACAUUCUCCGGGUACAUGAUUUCUCCAGUGUUCGAGGAAAUACCCGGUAACGGGAAGUAAUGACGUCAUGCUUCUUUGUGUAUCUUUACCCGAAAAUUAAACAAUUGUGCAAUCUAUACUACA